CUUACUACCACAAGCACACAUCUAGUAUAUCCAGGCCAUCAUCGAUCGAUCAGUAGCACAGCACAAUGGAGGAUUAUUGUUGUGUGGCGGAUCGUGAGCACGCGGUGGAGGUGGUGGCGCAGGUGUACGAGCGCAUCAAGAUCCAGCAGCCCCUCCUUAUCCUCCACUGCCCGCCGUCGACCACCACCCAGCUGGCCCAGACCCUCCUCAGCGAGGCUCUGCGAGCACUCAACGUCGCCCUCUCCGUCAUGAAGCAGCAGCAGCAGCAAUCUUCUUCUGCUCCGGCCACACCAAUAAGCAUCAAAGCUGAGCCGCCCAGCCAUGGCGGAGCAGCUCCCGAUCCGGAAGCGAUAACAACGAGCGCGGCCAGAAGAGGCAAGAGAAGAAGAACAACAAUGGAAGCCGCAGCCGCAGGAAAAACAAGCUCAUCAUGGGCAGGCUUGACCACUGUACCUUACGAGGACGGCUACGAGUGGAGGAAAUACGGCGAGAAGAAGAUCAACGGCACCAGCUUCACAAGGAGCUACUUCAGGUGCACCUACAAGGAUGACACUGGCUGCCUCGCCACAAAGCACGUCCAGCUGAAGGACAGCAUCAGCGACCCUCCCGUGUUCCAGGUCACCUACAACAACAAGCACACCUGCAACAACUACGGCACAUCAGCCACCACCACGGCUGCCAACAAGAGCAGCGACGACAGAGAGAUCAACAUCAUCAAUCCUCAUCCUCUAAAUGCUGCUGCCGUGAUGAAUAAUAAUGUCGUCGUCAAGCAAGAACCACCGGCGGUGCUGGUGCUGCCUCCUCUUGUCGAGGCCUCCUCCUCUUCCGCCCUUGCUUUCUAUCAUCAAACGCCGCCGCCGCCGUGCCAACAUGAUAUUGAUCAGCCAUCAUUAAUUCCUAUCGGCGGUAUGCAGCAGCAGCAGCCCUGCGGUACCGCAACAGAUUAUCAUACGCCAUCGACCACAAGCAGUUCAUGCAUCUCCGGCGACUCCUCCUGCGAUGGAUAUUAUUAUUCCGCAGGAGGAGACAUGAUGGCGCAGAUGGCAGCAGAGGAAGCAUCACCUGGACAAGACUUUCUCCCCGAUCUCGAGCUUUUCCUCCUGUGCGACAGCUUCAAGGACUAUUAGUUAGCUAAAAUCACAAGGACAGCUUCAACACAUUGUCCAUGUUUUAUCCAUCAUAUUAUUCUGUGGCAUAUUCAUGUGAAAUAUGAAUUCAUGAGAAAAGAUAUCUUUUCAUAUA